AUGUCGGACGUAGAAGAGACCAACGCCCCCGAGGUUCAGGAGGAGGUUGAGGUGUCGGCCGAUGCCGGCAAGGGCCAGAUGUCCGUCCUGGACGCGCUCAAGGGCGUGCUGAAGCUCUCGCUGAUGCACGACGGCCUGGCGCGCGGGCUCCGCGAGGCGUCCAAGGCGCUCGACCGGCGGCAGGCGCACAUGUGCGUCCUCAACGAGUCGUGCGAGGAGGAGGCCUACAAGAAGCUCGUCAUUGCGCUCUGCUCGGAGCACAAGAUCCCGCUUAUCAAGGUGCCCGAUGGCAAGCAGCUCGGCGAGUGGGCUGGUCUCUGCGUCCUCGACCGUGAGGGCAACGCCCGCAAGGUUGUCAACUGCUCGUGCGUCGUCGUCAAGGACUGGGGUGAGGAGUCGCAGGAGCGCUCCAUCCUCCUCAACUACUUCCAGUCUGAGGCGUAA